AUGGUCCGCGACGAUAUCGAUACCUCAGAUGCCUCGAGCACCUCAUCAAUCGAUGAGUUGUUGCGUGAAGACAGUGAAGGCUGGGAGGAUGCUGAGCCAGAAGAGAAUGAAGAAAUUCACGUCAAGGACUUUUUCAGCGACAAGACUUUCCCCGAUGCUGCUUCUAUGAUCAAGUAUGCUGCGGAACAGCACAACUUUGAUUUUCUGAAGAUCACGAAAGACUUUGGACUCGAUUUCUUCGGUGCCAUCAAGCUUGUCAACUACAUUCGCGGCGAGGCCAAGAAUGGCAACCAAAAGCCCGAUAUGUCAUCCAAAUCUCUUUUCGAGGACGACAAGUACAUGCAACCUGCUCUCGAAGACGAUGCUCUGCUUUUCUCUCUGGAUGAUGUUCUGGACUCGGAAGACGCCGGACAGGACUUGCCUAUCGGUUCUUCGAGCGACAAGACUGCUGAGCUCGAGGCUGAAUUGACUCGCCUACGCGCACAGUUUGCAGAGUACAAGUUGACCGUUGAGAAGACUCUGGACGACCGCUGGAACGAGCCUGCCAAAGAGGGUGAGGCUGGAUCAAGCAACACCAGGAACGAGAACCACCAGGAUCCUGGAUACUUCGACUCGUACUCAUACAAUGAUAUUCACCAAACUAUGCUCCAAGACACAGUCCGCACAGACGCCUACAGGGACUUCAUCUACGCCAACAAGCACCUUUUUGCUGGCAAGACUGUGCUGGACGUUGGUUGCGGAACCGGUAUCCUUUCUCUUUUCUGCGCCAAGGCUGGUGCCGCUCGCGUUAUUGCUGUCGACAACUCUGAGAUCAUCAACAAGGCUCGCGCCAACAUUGCCAUGAACGGUCAAUCCAAGGUCAUCACCUGUGUCAGAGGCAAGAUUGAGGAGAUUCAGCUUCCCGAUGGCAUUGAGAAGGUCGAUAUCAUUGUCAGCGAGUGGAUGGGCUACUGUUUGUUGUAUGAGGCUAUGCUUGACUCUGUCUUGUACGCCAGAGACAGAUACCUCAAGCCCGACGGUUUGAUGGUUCCCAGCCACUGCACCAUGCAUCUUGCUCCCCUUGCCGACCAAGAUUGGAUCUCAGACAACAUCACCUUCUGGAGAGACGUCUACGGUUUCGACAUGACCUCCAUGAUGGAGAAGAUCUACGAAGAUACACUUGUCCGCUACCCCAACAAGGACACCAUUGUUGGAAGAUCAACAGACGAGCUCCCCUUCAAGGUUCUCGAUCUCCACACCGUCACAGUUGCCGACCUCGACUUCACUUCCGAUGUCAGCUUCACCCUCAACAAAGAUAUCGACAACCUCGAUGGCUUCUGCACCUGGUUCGACACUCUCUUCUUGCAGUCGCGCAAGGACGAGAUCCCCGCUGGCAUGCUCCGCGGUGUCAAGCCUCCUAAGAGCGAUGAGGACAAGACCGUCUUCUUCACCACCAGUCCCUUUGGCCCCGAGACACACUGGCGCUGUGGUGUUUUGAUGAUUGAUGCAACCGAGAAGGAUGAUCAGGCUCUGAACCAAGGUACCGUCAUUGAAGGCAAGGUGACCUUCAAGAAGAACAAGGACGCCAAGCGUAACUUGAACAUCAACAUGAAUUGGGAGAUCAAGGGUACCGAGACCAAGGACAAGCAGCUCUGGUACAUGAGGUAG